UGUCUGAGAACCGCUAAUGCCAGAUAAAGAAACUGACUAGUUGCAUGCAUAUUGUUGUGAGCAUUGGUGCCAAAAAAAAAGCAGUCUGGUUUCUCAGCUGUGAUACUGCACUGUUUUUGUUGUCAGUUAACGAUGACAAGUAACCUCGAAAAGUCUGAUGACAAUAGAAAUAAGCGUAAAAAGGAAACAGAGAAUGAAACAUCAGAAAACCUGCCAAUGCCUUUUGAAAAAACAAAUGCGUCCCUUUCUGAAAGCUCCCAGUUAGCUUACAAAACAGAAGCCCUGGAAACAGUUUUAAAUGAUACAAGCAAGGAAAUCAGUGUCCUGAUAUCAAAAUAUGCCCGUAUGCUAAGUGAGAGAGCAGCAAUGGAUGCUUCUUAUGUAGAGGAGCUUGAAGGAAUCUUGAAAGAAACUGUUUCUGUAGAAAACCACUUGAAGAUGAAACAGGAGAGUCUGCAGCAAAGGUUCGCAGCAAUUGCAAAUCCUCUCCAAAGUGAAAAUGGAUUGCCUGGCAAAUGUCCUGAAAUGUGAAGUGCAAACCUGAAUGCCUAGAGCUGUACCUCUGGAGGAGACUAAUAUAGCACAAAACUGCUUUUUAUUUACCUUGAUUCUUGUAAUUCUUGUUAUUAUUGGAAAACAUCCCAAUACUUGCCAAAGCAGUGUAAACCUUCGAUAUGAAAGAGAGUGUCAAGAGUUAUAGUGAAAUAGCAAUUAUGACACUGGUUUUAUAAUGGCUUUUGUGGAAUUGGUUUCUUCUCGGAAGGCCUAUAUUCUGUGAAAACCCCUGUUAAGGUAUUGUCUUGAAGUUUGGUUGUGGAUUUGUUUUCUGUUGUCUGUAACCCAUUGAGCGGAUUAGAGGAAAAGAAUGGAGAGAACUAUGGGAGUGUUUGACUGAAAGCAGAGAAUUUUAAGUGAAGAAGGUAGAUGGCACAGUUUGACUGGAAGUUAUCAGGAAAACAAAUUGUUUUGACUAACAUUUUCCUUUUGUGUAUGGAAUUCAGCCAAGCAUAUUUAAAUUCAGUUACUUUCAAUAGAAGAUAAUUAUACACAUGCUAAAUUGCAUGCUGAAGUCUUUGAGAAUGAACAGUGCCUACCUUUACUUGGAUUGUUGCCAAAUAUAAUGCUACAUUGCAAAUUAAAUAUCAGCUAAGUACUGUGUCAAAGGUUGGUCUUUGUUAGUAUGUAGUUAAUUAUUCUUUCAUUUUUCACUUAGUGCUAUUUUAGACUAUUUGUGGAUUCUAUAAAUGCAAAUAAAAAAGAAAGGAAGCAA